AUAGCGCCCAGUGGCAUGGGCCACGUGACGCGGGACAUGGCGUCAUAAUAGUGCAUUACCCUCGUCGCCAAGUUCACAGCAUCACCUCGUUUGCCUGAUACAUCCCCAUUCAUCACAGCAACAGCAACAAACUGCAUCCCACCACAGAGCCCCCCCUCGAAACCAACAACACAGGCCAUUGCCGCAUGCCGAAGAGAUCGACUGGGAUAACGCCGGUACUGAUCGGAGUCACGAAGAAGCUUGUAUCUAUGGCCUGGUAUUGCUCUGGCUCAACCAACACGGAGUUGAUUGACAAUCUCUCCAAGCUGGGACUAAUCAAGAAUGAAAGGGUGAAGAAGGCGAUGAUGGGGGUCGAUCGAGCCCACUACGCGCCCUCGAGGCCAUAUUCGGACUCACCGCAGCCCAUAGGUCAUGGCGCCACAAUAUCAGCCCCUCACAUGCAUGGGCACGCCUGCGAGUACCUGAUUGAUCACCUCAAACCGGGCUCGCGCGUCUUGGACAUCGGAUCUGGCUCCGGGUACCUGACGCAUGUUCUUGCCAACCUGGUGACGGGGUCCUCAUCCCCUGACCACACCAAUGGCCAUGUCGUCGGCCUUGAUCACAUACCAGAGCUGGUGGAGCUGGGCGCAAGCAACAUGCACAAAUCCGAUCAAGGCCGUGGGCUCCUUGAUACCGGCGUGGUGCAAUUCGUUGUGGCCGACGGUCGCUUGGGAUGGAAAGAAAGCGCCCCAUACGAUGCCAUCCACGUUGGCGCAGCGGCGGAAACCCUUCACCCGGUACUGAUCGAGCAGCUCCGUGCUCCGGGACGAAUGUUCAUCCCCGUAGACACGGAGAACGAUGGAGGCUUGGCCAGCAGUCUCGGCUCAAGUGGAGGACAGUUUAUUUGGAUAGUGGACAAAAAGGCGGAUGGGUCUGUUCACAAGGAAAAGGUGUUCCCCGUUAGCUAUGUGCCACUGACCGACGUGCCCCGGACUUAACAAACCCAAUCCCCAUCCACCCCAGUACCUUUUCUUCUAUUGACUCGAUUGCAUGCGGGAAGCAAGAAAGGAGAAUGAACGAAACUACGACCUAUUGAUGUAUCUCGGAUGGCAUGUAGAAACCCAAUUCUCGAGCAGUGGUUCAACAUUUAGGGAAUGACACUGGCAGCUUGUGAUCCAUACCAUCCUGCUUUGUUCUGUAUUUCUUUCGACAAACUAUGGUCGAGUGGAAGGGCAGAGAAGCAAGAAAAGACCGCACGAGCCAAGGGCAGGAAAAGUCGUACACGGACAUGCCAGCCCAGCCUUUCACCAAUAAAUCAAAUAAAUAACGGUAGUAGAAACUAGCGAAAAGGGAAACCGCCUGGAAAGUUGAAUCCCUGACCAGAGAACUUGAACUGUGGCCCACCUUGCUGAAAG